AAGAAAGAGGGAGAGAGGGAGGGAGGGAGAAAGAGCGACAGAGAGGGAGCGUUUGCAGGCAAUGUAAUUGACAAGGCUCGCAGUGGUGAAAUAAACACGCUUCAGCCCAGGCGCAGCUUUUACUGCACAAUUCUGCCUCUUUGGACGCAUCGGCCGCAGCGCGCGCAGACCUGAUUUCAAUUACCUUCACCCGAUUAAUUAAUCCGUGUGAAAUUAUGUCCCGAUCGGCGCAGAUCCAGCCGGCAAGAUGAUGAUUUUACCACGGAGAGGCUCAGAUCGUGUACCCGACUCGGUGGUCCUGGUGAUCUUCGUGGUUGCCGCUUCUCUUGGUACCGUUUUCGCCAAGGAUACUGCCUUUGUGGAAGUGGUUCUGUUCGAGUCCAGUCCCAAUGGAGAUUAUACUACUUACACGACUGGCUUGCAGGGACGGUUCUCCAAAGCAGGAGCCACUAUCAGCGCGGAGGGGGAGAUCGUUCAAAUGCAUCCUUUGGGACUAUGUAAUAAUAACGAUGAGGAGGACCUGUAUGAGUACGGCUGGGUCGGAGUGGUGAAGCUGGAGCAACCAGAGCUGGACCCCAGUUGUCUCACCGUGCUGGGAAAGGCGAAGAGAGCAGUGCAGCGGGGAGCCACAGCCGUCAUCUUUGAUGUGUCGGAGAAUCCGGAUGCCAUCGACCAGCUCAACCAGGUCGCAGAGGAUCCACUGAAGCGGCCGGUGGUUUACGUGAAGGGCAAUGACGCCGUUAAGUUGAUGAACAUCGUCAACAAGCAGAAAGUGGCUCGUGCUCGGAUACAACACAGACCACCGAGGCAGCCCACAGAAUAUUUUGACAUGGGCAUCUUCCUGGCUUUCUUCGUGGUGGUGUCGCUGGUGUGCCUCAUUCUGCUUAUCAAGAUCAAACUCAAGCAAAGGAGAAGCCAGAGCUCGAUGAACAGAAUGGCCAUCCAAGCCUUGGAGAAGAUGGAGACGAGAAAGUUCAAGGCCAAAGGAAAGGGCCAGCGCGAGAGCAGCUGUGGAGCCUCGGAUUCGCUGAGCAGCAGCUCCACCUCUGACUGCGCCAUCUGUCUGGAAAAGUACAUUGAUGGGGAGGAGCUGCGAGUCAUACCCUGUGCUCACAGAUUUCAUAAGAAAUGUGUCGACCCCUGGCUACUCCAGCAUCACACCUGUCCCCACUGUAGACACAACAUCAUUGAGCAAAAGAAGGGAAAUCCAGGACCAGCAUGCAUGGACCCUGGUAACCCAGUCCAUGGCCGGCAGCGUGUGGUGCUGCCAGUCCAUUAUCCUGGCAGGGUGCACCGUGCUGGCCAGGUGACAGCCUACCCAACCAGAACCAGCAUGGACCCCCAUGGCAACCCCAUCACUGUACUCACUGUGGACCAGCACCCAGAUCCUCAAGGUCUUUACCCUCCCCAAUCAACGUCUGCCUUUCUCCGGAGCUACCACCCAACCCUUCAUCUGGACCACUCACUCAACCCCCACCACUGUGGAUUAGAGCACCGCGGACCACCCGCCUACCCAGCACAGCCGCAUCACACUGCUUUUAAACGACCCAAGUUCCAUGGUCGCAACUUUUCCCGAGCAGCCUGCUUCUCGCAGUACGAGACUAUGUACCAGCACUACUAUUUUCAGGGGUUGACUUUCCCUCAACAGCCUGAGGGAGGUCAAGGGCCUACUAUGGCAGGGCAGCUUGGUGGAGGAGGAGGGGCCCACAAGGGCCAUCACAGCAGGGCCUUUCAGCAGGGGCUGUUAUACCCCACAGUGGUACACAUGGCACCUGCCUCUUCUUCGAGGAUAGGUGAUACUGGCAGCACUUCUGGCCUGAGCUGUUACCAUGGCCACCGCUCAGUGUGCAGCGGUUACCUUGCUGACUGCCCUGGUAGUGACAGCAGCAGCAGCAGCUCAGGCCAGUGCCACUGUUCCUCCAGCGACUCCAUGUUAGACUGUACUGAGGUCAGCAACCAGGGCGUGUACGGUAGCUGCUCUACCUUCCGCAGCUCGCUGAGCAGUGACUACGAUCCUUACGUCUACAGGAGUAAGAGUCCAUGUAGGGGCUCCGUGGGGGAAGCAGGGGCUGCGGCCUGCGCCUCAGUUCCUGCAGAAGACUCAUCAUCCCCUGUUCCCUUGGGACAUGACUGCCUCCAGCUCCCUCCUGGAGCUUCGGGAUAUAACUCGGGGGACCACCUCUCCAACUGCAGUUUGGAGCCCAACUACAGCAGUCGCUCAUCACUGGAACCCAGGGAGAACAGCAACACUAGCACUACCUCAGCCGGGGCUCCAGAGGCUACUGGAGCAGACAGGGGGAAGGGGGCGCAGGAGGAGUCGGGAGAGCUUGGGGCUGCAGCCUGUAGCUGCUGCUUUGAGGUGCUGCCUCCCAAUGUGGAGUGCAAAGGGCAGGACUCGGACCAAGCUGGGCCUUUGGCCACGGGACGCUUUCACAGGGGGGUGGACUUUCAGAGCUCAGCCUCCAAGAACUAUUUUGCUCCUGAGCACAUGUGCUCUUCCUCAGAGCAGGUGAGCUACGAAGGGCUGCCUUGCUGCUUCUACAAAGAAAUGAAGGUGCACAGGGCCUCAACGGGGCGCUACACCGAGGACUAUGCUGUUAAUGUGCAGUAUGCGCAUGCAGACUCAGAGGCCUGCUCUGGACAGGGCUGCUGCGAACUCAACCAGAGAAUACCCAUAAUUCCUGAGGACACAGAUUGUGAAUUGGGCACAGGGGCAGAGACCCAGAGCAGUUUAUUGCCCAUCAGCGUCACAGUGGAGGCAGAGGUGCGGACAGGGGAGCGACACGAGCCCAGGGAGGGGUAUUUCACCUCAGGACAGUUUAGAGGUCAGCCAUACCCUCAGGAGGAGGAGACCAGGGCUUUGUUCCACCCUCAGCUCUCUGCAAGCCCCACUGCAUUGGGAAGCAGCAGUACUUCGACAAAUGAGGGUGGUCUGGGUAUAUGAACUCCAGCCCAGAGACAAGGGACUCAGUCUAAAGUAUGUAUUUGGUACCGAACCAGUCAGUCAAUCAUUGAAACCCUCAGCUGCCUUGUUCUAACCUUGCUCUCUGAGCUCUGAAUGUUAUCAUCUUCGAUUGUGUGGAUUUCUACUGAAAUGGCCUGUCAUUUCUAGACAGUGUAUCAAGUUCAUUCCUGUGGUCACAAACGUCUCAGAGCCGACGAUGUUACCAUAGUACUGAGACAAAGUGAAACUACAAAUUUGGAUGGAGGUUGUUAACUGAAACUAGAAGUAGGUUGGUAUUGGCAUCUAUUUGCAGACUGUCUGCUGCCAUCAAGGGUUCGGCCCCUUUGGCAUUAAGUAAUCCGGGCCCAUUUCUUGUGAGACUUUUUCAAGAACAAGAUAUCUUUGGUGCAAGAUCUAGGAUUCUGAGAUUUUUUUUCUCUACAAAAAUGUACACUCUUAAUUCACAAACAUCUGCAUCUACAUGUAUAUGUGCGCACAUGAACACUGACUGCCUAUAAAGCUUCAACCACCAACUCAAAUAGGUUGUACGGACAUAGCUAUACCAAAACAGAAAGACAUGAUUGUUUUUUUUUUCUUUUACUUUUUUCAAAAGCAGGGAAAUGGGUCAUUCUUAGUGUUUGCGACCCACACGUUUCUCUGAGGAGAAGAAGCUAUAUAUUACAGAAAAAAAAUGCAUAGAAAUGUGAAUGCAAGGCUGACACUGGUCUCUAUUCAAUAUAAUACAGAAUUUGUUUUAUGCAUUGCAUUUCUGUCCAGUAGUGGCCUACCUGUAUGAGAUGUGCCAGAGCAUCAUGAAAGCCUUAUGCUGGUAAGCUGUUUGUAGCAAUAUCUAAAACUAAAAGACACUGCGCCGCUUUUAGUCGAACGCCAGUCUGAAGUGACAGUGUCUCGGGGUCAGUAGAUUUCUCCAGAAGUAGAGUGUAGCACUCUACCUCCUGUUUGGAAGCCCUUAAAAGUGUAUUUUUGCUGUCACUUACUCAAUUUUCCUCAAUGAGGCAUGCUCUAAUAAAUAUCUAUAAAAAGGUUCUAGCAUGUAUCAAAAGGCCAAAGGAAAGUAGCUGGAAAAGACUCAUAUUUCAUAAGGGUUCCUUAUUGUACUGUGACUUUUUUUUUUAAUCGAUGCAGUUAUACAUACCACAGUGUAUCCGUUUGAAUCAUAUCGUGCCAUGCAUAAUACAUACUCGCGAUAUCAAUGCUUGUCAUUCAUGCCUUUCUGUUUGUCCUGCAGACUGUUUUUAUACUGUUUCUAUGAAAUAUACACAUUCUCUACACAGAGGAAAACUUUCUGAAAUAACCCUAUUUAUAAGUUAACCCAGUGCUGUAAUCAAGUGAGAAUCUAAUCUUGCCUUUUGCAUAGAGAUAUGUACCUACUGCAAAUAUAACAUUUUGGGGUACUUGAGUCACUAUUUAAUUUUUUUUUGUUAUUGUUUCUAGCACUUAAGAAGAUUAAAAUGUGUACAAAAAUUAAUAUUUUUUAAUUUUUUAAGAAUAUAAUUAUUUUCUGUCAUUACCAUUACAAAUGUUUUAAAAAAAGGCUAGAAAUCAAUCUGUAUAUUUCUGUACCUGUAUAGCAAACACAUUUCAUAAAUGGAAAUAUGUUCUCUGAAUAUUUAUUUACUAAUAUAUUUAUCUUUAAGCCAUGUCUUAUGUUCAGAGUGUAUGAACGUUUGAGUUAUUUGGUUGCUUUUUAUUUUGAGAAAAAUCACUAACAUGAGACUUUGUAUAUACAUGGUAAUUGCACACAAGACGAUUAAAUCUUCUCUGACCAAAAACUGAUUUUAAAACUUUAGUACCAUACAGUUUUGUAAUUAAAGUGUACAAAGAUCUGUAAAAUAUACAGUUUUAUUCAAGUAA